GGCGGCGGUGCGCGGAAGCAUGGCGGAGGAGCGCGGCACGGCGCGGGUUACGUGCACGGCGCCCGUCAACAUCGCCGUCAUCAAAUACUGGGGUAAGCGUGACACCGACCUCAUCCUGCCCAUCAACUCCUCGCUCAGCGUGACGCUGCACCAGGACCAGCUGAGGACCACCACCACGGCCGCCGCGUGCCAUGACUUCACCGAGGACCGCCUGUGGCUGAAUGGGGAGGAGGUGGACGCGGCGCAGCCCCGGCUGCAGGCCUGCCUGCGGGAAGUGCGGCGCUUGGCCCGCAAGAGGCGCGGUGACGAUGCCGCAGCCCCGCUCAGCCUCUCCUACAAAGUGCACGUCGCCUCCGAGAACAACUUCCCCACUGCUGCUGGGUUGGCAUCCUCAGCUGCCGGCUACGCCUGCCUGGUGUCAGCGCUGGCACGGCUGUACGGCGUGGAGGGUGAGCUGUCGGAGGUGGCACGGCGUGGGUCGGGCAGCGCGUGCCGCAGUAUGCUGGGGGGCUUCGUGCAGUGGCACCGCGGGGAGCGGCCGGAUGGCAGGGACAGCGUGGCACAGCAGCUGGCACCCGAGACGCACUGGCCGGAGCUGAGCAUCCUCGUGUUGGUGGUCAGCGGGGAGAAGAAGGCGGUGGGCAGCACGGCGGGGAUGCAGACCAGCGUGGACACCAGCCCCCUGCUGAAGUACCGUGCCGAGGUGGUGGUGCCGGAGCGCAUGACCCGCAUGGCGCGCUGCAUCCGGGAUCGGGACUUCGAGGCCUUUGGCCAGCUGACCAUGCAGGACAGCAACCAGUUCCACGCCACCUGCCUUGACACCUUCCCCCCCAUCUUCUACCUCAAUGACAUCUCGCAGCGCAUCAUUGCCCUGGUGCACCGCUUCAACGCCCACCAUGGGCGCACCAAGGUGGCCUACACCUUUGAUGCUGGCCCCAACGCGGUCGUCUUCAUGCUGGAGGACACGGUGGAUGAGUUUGUGGAGGUGGUGAGGCGCAGCUUCCCACCCGACUCCAAUGGGGACCAGUUCCUUCGAGGCCGCCCCGUUGGCACGGCGGUGCUGCCGGAGGAGCUGGUGUCAGCCGUGGUGGUGGAUCCGGUGCCAGGGGCCAUUCGCUACGUCCUGCACACCAAGCCCGGCCCUGGCCCGCAGCUCCUGGAUGACCCCAGCCAGCACCUGCUGGGCCCCGAUGGGCUGCCGUGCCGCUCUGCCUGAGAACAGGGGACACCGUGAUGGGGACACCGUGAUGGGGACACCGUGAUGAUGGGGACACCACCGGGGACAGCAGGGAUGCCCAGCGGGGGCUGCCCGUGGGGGGCACACAGGCAGGGAUCCACCAUCCCAGUGCCUGCUUUGGGGCUGUGAGAUGCUGUGCUCCGCUGUCCCCAUCCCUGCCCUGAUGUGUCCCCUCCCAUUGCCUGCUUUCGACUCUUUCGUAACCAAAUAAUAGAGCUUUUUCCAGCC